AAGUCCUUCAAUGAAAUAGUACAGAAGUGCGGGAGAAAGAUAGAGGAAAGAACGAGGGGGACAAAAAAAAAAGCAAGCAUUCCCACGACUUUCUUUCUUUCCUUCUUUCUUUUAUUUCGCGAGCUAUUUGCACGUCGUGUUUUCUUGACAUCAAGAAAUAAAGACCAAGAGAAAUCCAAUUUAAAAUGAAGUGUAUCAUUGGAAUCGGCGGUGUGACCAAUGGUGGGAAAACCACCCUGACCAAAAGGCUUGUGAAGAACUUGCCUAAUUGUUGUGUAAUACAUCAAGAUGACUUUUUCAAGCCCCAAGAUCAAAUAGAGGUCGGGGAGGACGGCUUUAGACAAUGGGAUGUGAUCACAGCCCUGGACAUGGAGGCCAUGGUGAACACUGUAAAAGGCUGGCUUGAGAACCCAGUGAAGUUUGCUCGCUCUCAUGGCGUGACCCUGUCGCCCUUAACCGACGGGUCUGAUCAUGAGAGAAAGCUCCACAUACUCAUUGUGGAGGGCUUUCUGCUCUAUAAUUACAAACCUCUGAUUGAAAUCUUUGACAAGAGCUACUAUGUGACCAUUCCAUACGAGGAGUGCAAGAGAAGAAGAAGCACAAGAACAUACACAGUUCCUGACCCUCCCGGUCUGUUUGACGGUCACGUGUGGCCCAUGUACUUGAAACACAGGAAAGAGAUGGAGAGCAACUGCAUAGCGAUCCAAUGUCUGGAUGGCACAAAAUCGAAGGACGAUCUCUACAACCAGGUAUACGAGGACCUCCAGAACACCCUGCUGAAUAAGUUAUAGCACGGCCAAACCACCUGGAGUUGCUUGUGUACAGAACUGUAAAUAGAAAAAAAUGAGUGAAAAAUCAGUUCUACAUUGGAAUAUGAACGUUGUAAAUAUUAUAAUGGAAAAUUGACUUGUUUUAGACGUGCCAACAAUUUUGUAUUGCUCUAUUGUAUGUAGCUUUUCUUUUAUAUAAAAAUCAUCUAUGGCUGCUGGAAUAUAAAUGAAUGGCUGUAUAGCAUGGGUAGCUGUUGACUUUAAACAUGAAUUGUGAACAAAAAAAAAACAUUCACAAUGAAAAAUAGACAUUGGAUUUA